AUGAAGCCACCACUCUUGGUGUUUAUUGCAUAUCUACUAUGGUUGAAAGAUUGUCACUGUGCACCUACUUGGAAGGACAAAACUGUUGUCCGUGGACACCUGAAGGGUCUUUCCAAGGCUGGGGAGAUAGAUGUAGAUGAAGAGGUGCAGGAGGCUUUGAUUGGUAUGAAGCAGAUGAAAAUCAUGAUGGAAAGAAGAGAGGAGGAACACACCAAUCUAAUGAAAACCCUGAAGAAAUGCAGAGAAGAAAAGCAGGAGACCCUGAAACUUAUGAAUGAAGUUCAAGAACGUCUGGAAGAGGAGGAAAGGCUGUGCCAGGUGUCUUUGACAGACUCCUGGGACAAAUGCAAGUCUUGCCUGGAAAGUAACUGCAUGAGAUUUUAUACAGCCCGCCCACCUGCUUGGACCUCUAUGAAAAAUACGGUUGAACAGUUUUUCAGGCAAAUAUAUCAAUUUCUGUUUCCUUUCCAUGAAGAUAAUGAAAAAGAUCUCCCCGUCAGUGAAAAGUUCAUUGAAGAAGAUGCACAACUGACCCAGAUGGAGAACGUAUUCAGCCAAUUAACUGUGGACGUGAGAUUUCUCUAUAACCGGAGUUUAAACGUCUUCAAACUGAUGCAGCAAGAAUUUGACCAGGCUUUUCAAUCAUAUUUCAUGUCAGAUACAGACUUAAUUGAGCCUUACUUUUUUCCAGCCUUAUCCAAAGAGCCCACGAAAAAACCAGAUCUUGUGCUGAGUGCGGACAUUCCCAGCUUCUUCGAGCUGUUGUGUAAUUUCAGUCUCUCCAUUUAUCAAAGUGUCAGUGCAACAAUUACCGAGACGCUGAAUGCAAGAGAGGAUUUACCAAAACAAGACAAAGACUCUGACCCUGGAGGCCUGAGUUCAAAGAUGUUGCCCGUGCCAGGCAGAGGACUAUGUGGAGAACUUGGCCAGAAUUUGUCGGAAUGUUUCCAAUUUCAUGAGAGAUGCCAAAAAUGUCAGGAUUAUCUACGGGAAGACUGUCCAUAUGUACCUGAACUACACACAAAAGUAGAGGAGGCCCUUAAAUUGGUCAAUGUAUCCAAUCAGCAAUAUGCCCAGAUUCUCCAGAUGACCCAGCAUCACUUGGAUGACACCACAUAUCUGAUGGAAAAGAUGAGAGAGCAGUUUGGCUGGGUGACUGAACUGGCAAACCAGACCCCAGGAGCUGAGAACAUCUACAGUUCCAUAAAGGUAAUUCCAGGUGUUCACGAAGGAAAUUUUUCCAAACCAGAUGAAAUGAUGAUAGACCUAAGCAAUCUGCCUUCCCCCAAUGUGACACUCAAGAUCCCUCUUGAAGAGAGUGCUGAGAAUUCUAACUUCAUUAGCUAUGUGCUGGCGAAAGCUGUACAGCAUUUUAAGGAACAUUUUAAAACUUGGUAA